UUUAAUGUUUGAUGUUUAAUCUCUUGUGUGGUUUUCAUAUGCCUGCCAGGAUUUAAUUUGGCCGUGAGUUAAUUAUCUUUGUCCGGAAGAUCACUGAUGAUUGCAAAUCUUACAAAAGGACGAAAAUGAGAGCAGACUUCAAAUUCCUGUUUCUGUUUCAAGAGUAGCCUGCUUGUGAUGGAAGACUUACACUAUUUGGGCCAUGAUGACCGCAUCGAUCACAAUUCAGCUAUCACAGAUGAAGAAUUUGAAAAGUUAAGAACAUCUUUACUUGUAAACUGUGUUCUAAAUGCAAUAUUUUCAUUUAUAGCGGCUGCUGGGAACGGAGUGAUUCUACUAGUGAUAUGGAAGACAUCAUCGUUGCAUACGCCUUCAAAUAGUCUACUGUUUGGCCUUGCCUUGACCGACUUCUUUGUUGGUCUGCUAACUCAACCGCUAUACCUCGCUACAAGGCUGGUUUACGUUGUGUCCAAGGAAAACAUCCCACUCGGUCUCAGUAGCGCAUUCGAUGUUAUUUCCAGCGUGUUGACAGGGGCGUCUUUCUCGACGGCAACAAUUAUCAGCAUAGAGAGGUACCUGGUAUUUCGUUUGCACAUGAGAUAUCAUGCUAUAGUCACUACCAGGAAAGUUAUAGCCAUCAUGGCUGUCGUUUGGAUGUUAUCGUUUGUAUGGGCCUUCAUGUGGUUGUAUAACCGCCAAGUGUUUUAUUAUUUAGGAUUUUCUUCAGCCAGCGCCUCUAUAAUUGUCUUAACAGUGAUGUAUUUUAAAAUCUAUCAGAUUGUGAGACGUCAUCGAGCGCAAAUCAUGGUGCAAGUUCGUGGGGGUGCAGCUCGCCACUCAAAGGUUACAUCCCAUUUGUUUUUCACGCGGUGGAAACGAUCAGCAGUGAACACGUUUUAUAUUUGCAUCUUGAUUUUUCUUUGCACCUUUCCAUAUCUUUGCACAGCCAGUGUCAUUCAAGUAACAGGACACAGUCUUACCAAACAGAUUUUUCUAGAAUUUACUGGCUCAAUUACGUUCAUAAAUUCCUCGCUCAAUCCUUUGUUUUAUUAUUGGCGCGUCACAGAGAUACGAGAGGCCGUAAAGAGGACAUUAAAACGUCGAUUUCCCGACAAUGGAUCACGGGCCCAUACAAGACAGAAAUAUGUGAGGCGUGGGAGUCAAGUCUCAUCGUGGAGACGCACAACAGUAGUUUGAUAAUGUCGUGAGACACCUUUGAUGUAACAGUUACCUAGCAACGAGCAUACAGAUACAAAAAUUCUGAUAUUGAAACUUCACUUAACCGCCUUUUUGAUUAUUCCUCUGUUAUUUAUUAUGGUAAAUUUAUUGUCUUUUUGUCGCAAAUAUGUUCUAAUUUAAGGUAAAGUGUGUCCACAAGCUGCACAAGCCAAAUGCCUCUGACACUUUAAUAAAGUUUAUUCAUUCAUUUAUUCAUUCUAUUAUUAUUAUUCUACUGCAAAUUGCCUAUGCACCAUUACACAAAGUAAACUAUGAUAUACUUUUGUAAAGAAAAAACUCCAACGCGUUUUGCACUUCGAUUUUCUUUUAUUUGAGCCUACAUUUUAACGUGUAUUUAUUGUAUUGUAGUUAACAGUUUUAAAUACUAAGUUUUAAUUAUUUUUGCUCCGAUGUGUUUAUCAUAUCAUAGCAAUCUUUAACAUUCAUGUCUACUUUCAUAAGUACUCUGAUUACUGGAGAAUUUUACCUUGGCACUCACUUCAAUAUCGUUUCACAAAUUAAAUACCGAAAAACAUUUCCAUUCUCAUAACAUUCUUAAUAUCACAUCAUUUUGUUUUAUUUCUUUUUGCAUUCAUCGCAUUGCUUUCAUUCAUGAACUGAUAAAUGAGGCUUUUCACAUUCGCAAGCGACUUACUUGCUUGCAGUCUUUUUCCUUGAUUGUAGCUCAAUACAUGUUACUACAUGCGUUUAUAAGUGUUUUACUUUGUUUUGUU